AUGACGUUUAAAGUUAGCAUUAAUUUUGACGUUUAAUGGACGUUUAUUUCCUAUGUGGUAAAAUAAGUGAUGUUUUUGUGUUUGUAGAGAUUACUAAAUUUUUUAGACAAAACGAACCACGGGUUAUUUAUUGUUAGCAAAGGAAACAAUUCAUAAAUAGUGCUAUAAGUCAAAAAAAUUACACUUAUUUUCAUAAAAUGGUUAAGUUGUACUGCCUAGCUGUCCUUUAUAAAACUGAGACAAAUGCAGUGUGUUUGAAAGCUGCGUACGAUUUACAAAGUUUUGGAUUUUUUCAACGUGGAUCUGUUCAAGAGUUUAUGAAUUUUGUUAGUAAAACAAUAGUUGAAAGGACUAUACCUGCAUCUAGACAAUCUGUGAAACAAGAUGAAUACAUGUGUCAUGUGUAUGUGAGAGCAGAUAAGUUAGCAGGAGUUGUUAUAUCUGACCAUGAAUAUCCUCAAAGAGUAGCUCAUACGUUAAUAACAAAAGUCCUUGAUGAAUUUACACAAAAGAUUCCCUCUUCUAGUUGGCCAAAUUUAACUGAACAGAAUGUAUCCUUUCCUCAACUUAAUACCUACUUAGCAAAGUACCAAAAUCCUGCAGAGGCUGAUGCUAUGACAAAAAUACACCAAGACUUGGAUGAAACAAAAAUUAUUUUGCAUAAUACUAUUGAGGCUGUAUUAGAGAGGGGUGAAAAGUUGGAUGAUUUGGUUGCAAAAUCUGAAGGUCUCAGUAUACAAUCAAAAGCAUUUUAUAAAACAGCCAGAAAGACAAACAGUUGUUGUUCAUUUGGAUAAAUUACAAAAGUUCUGUGAAUGUUUUAGGCAUUAUCAGUGUUAUUUUUUUGACUGUUGUGAAGUGAAGCUUUUUACUCCAAUUGUACAAAAUAUUAAAUGUGAAUGUUAAAUAUCUAUACAAUUUAUUGCAUUGAUUUAUAUAAUUUUUGUAAAAUAAUUAUUAAUUAAAAUGAUGCAGUACAUGCUUAAUAUAUACAGA